UUUUUUAAAUGGUAGAGAUCUUCAAGAUGUCUCUGAACUUUUUUCUCAAACUGAUUUGGCGGCUUUUUUCAGAGCCACUCUCUGGAAUGGUAUUAAACUUUUAAAAACCCUUUGCUGCCUUGGAAAAGAUUUAACAGUCCUUAUUUCCUUUCAAGACUCAGAAUAAUUUUCUAUUCUUUAAGGUUCAGAAAUUCUGUUUGUGGUAAAUCUCAUUGCUUUUGCAGGGCACCUUAAAAUUCAGUGACAGUUGCUGUCAGCAAAUGCUUACCAUGAGGCAGACCAAGCUCUUUAAAUAAUUCUUGACAACAGCCCAGUGAGCAUUUAAAUCAAACGGUAUUGAGAUGGAUUGGGUUAUGAAACAUAAUGGUCCAAAUGACGCUAGUGAUGGGACAGUACGACUUCGAGGACUACCAUUUGGUUGCAGCAAAGAGGAAAUAGUUCAGUUCUUUCAAGGGUUGGAAAUCGUGCCAAAUGGGAUAACAUUGACGAUGGACUACCAGGGGAGAAGCACAGGGGAGGCCUUCGUGCAGUUUGCUUCAAAGGAGAUAGCAGAAAAUGCUCUGGGGAAACACAAGGAAAGAAUAGGGCACAGGUAUAUUGAGAUCUUCAGAAGUAGCAGGAGUGAAAUCAAAGGAUUUUAUGAUCCACCAAGAAGAUUGCUGGGACAGCGACCGGGACCAUAUGAUAGACCAAUAGGAGGAAGAGGGGGUUAUUAUGGAGCUGGGCGUGGAAGUAUGUAUGACAGAAUGCGACGAGGAGGUGAUGGAUAUGAUGGUGGUUAUGGAGGUUUUGAUGACUAUGGAGGCUAUAAUAAUUAUGGCUAUGGAAAUGAUGGCUUUGAUGACAGAAUGAGAGAUGGAAGAGGGAUGGGAGGACAUGGCUAUGGUGGCGCUGGUGAUGCAAGUUCAGGAUUUCAUGGUGGUCAUUUCGUACACAUGAGAGGGUUGCCUUUUCGUGCAACUGAAAAUGACAUUGCUAAUUUCUUCUCACCACUAAAUCCAAUACGAGUUCAUAUUGAUAUUGGAGCUGAUGGCAGAGCAACAGGAGAAGCAGAUGUAGAGUUUGUAACACAUGAAGAUGCAGUAGCUGCCAUGUCUAAAGAUAAAAAUAACAUGCAACAUCGAUACAUUGAACUCUUCCUGAAUUCUACUCCUGGAGGCGGCUCUGGAAUGGGCGGUUCAGGAAUGGGAGGCUACGGCAGAGAUGGAAUGGAUAAUCAGGGAGGUUAUGGAUCUGUUGGAAGGAUGGGAAUGGGGAACAAUUACAGUGGAGGAUAUGGUACUCCUGAUGGCUUGGGUGGUUAUGGCCGUGGCGGUGGAGGCAGUGGAGGUUACUAUGGGCAAGGUGGCAUGAGUGGAGGUGGAUGGCGUGGGAUGUACUGAAAGCAUAACCACCAACAUAUACAAGUCCUGACAACAGCAUCUGGUCUACUAGACUUUCUUACAGAUUUACUUUCUUUUGUAUUUUAAGAACUUUAUAAUGACUGAAGGAAUGUGUUUUCAAAAUAUUAUUUGGUAAAGCAACAGAUUGUGAUGGGGAAAUCUGUUUUCUGUAGGUUUUAUUUGUUGCAUACUUUGACUUAAAUAAAUUUUUAUAUUCAAACCA